AUGACGGCUGUGCACCGUCUCGAUCCAUCCGAAAAUUCCGCUUUGCCUUCCGUCGCAGAAAUUACGUCUGAUGCGUUUGUGCUACCACUCUUCUCUCCUUGCAGUAGCAUGCCCACCGAGCCUACAUCUGACGGCGGCCACCCCGAUCAGUAUCCCAUCACAUAUCGCACAGCUGCGGUAACCGGGAAGCUAGAGCGAUGUGCCCAAAGCCCUGUCCACUACCAUUCUUCCAUCUCGGACGGCUACUCUCCUAUCCCGAAUCCGAUCUCGGUCCACCUCAGUCGUCUACCUCCAGGUCAGAUGCUUCUGCCAAAUAGCCUCUUCCCGCCUAGGCAACACUGCAAUGCUCUAUAUCCGCAGGCCGACUCCGAACCUGUUUUUGCGGCCGACAAACAGUACAAAGACACCAUGAAGCCUCACAAUCCCGUCAAGGAUGGUAAGAAGCGUCGUGGCCGUGGUGCCCCUCCCGGCCGCUGCCGCAGAUGCAACAGAACCGACACGCCUGAAUGGCGGCGCGGUCCGGACGGCGCCGGCACCUUGUGCAACGCCUGUGGCCUGCAUUACGCCAAGCUGGAGCGCGCCAAGCUGGAGCGCAAGCGCAAACUAGAAGCCGAUUCGCUGCGACCUUCUUCAAAUUCGUGCAACUAG